GCAGAGUUCAGAUGGCACGCAUCCCCCAAAGACACUGCUCAAACCAAGAAUCAGUUCUCUUUACAUUGCAAAGAUAUUUUUAGCCUUCAUUUUGAUUUUUGUACUUGGAGCAAGUUUUACAUUGGCUCUUGAUAAUCUGCCCAAGCUGAUAUUAUUUAUUAACUCAUUUAUGUGAUAUAUGUAAUACUGAUAAACAUUUUCCUAAACAUGUGUAUUCAAUAUGUAUAAUUCCCAGUAUACUGAUUGAUAUUUUAUGUAUUUUAUGUUAUAAAUUGAAAUAUAUUGAAAGAAUAAUAAUAAGAAAAUUGAUAGCAAA